GCACCGCGCCACCUCCCACGUGGAUGAACCAAUGGGCUGACGGGGUACAGAAUCGGCGCGGGCUCCGAUGCGGAUGCUGCGAGGGCGGCCGCACUGGUUACGGCCUGCCGCGGCCCGCGAUGAAGCCGCCCAUUUCAAUACAAGCAAGUGAGUUUGAUUCUUCAGACGAAGAGCCUAUUGAAGAUGAACAGACACCAAUUCAAAUUUCAUGGCUACCGCUGACAAGAGUGAACUGUCCUCAGUUUCUUGGUUUAUGUGCUCUUCCAGGUUGUAAAUUUAAAGAUGUUAGAAGAAAUAUUCAAAAAGAUACAGAGGAACUAAAGAGCUACGGGAUCCAAGACGUAUUUGUUUUCUGCACCAGAGGGGAGCUGUCAAAAUAUAGAGUCCCAAACCUUCUGGACCUCUACCAACAGUCUGGAAUUGUCACCCAUCACCACCCAAUCCCAGAUGGAGGGACCCCUGACAUAGGCAGCUGCUGGGAAAUCAUGGAAGAGUUGGCUACCUGCCUCAAAAACAACCGAAAAACCCUGAUACACUGUUAUGGAGGACUUGGAAGAUCUUGCCUUGUAGCUGCUUGUCUCCUCCUAUACUUGUCUGACUCGGUAUCACCACAGCAAGCCAUAGACAGCCUUCGAGAUCUCAGGGGAUCAGGGGCCAUACAGACCAUCAAGCAAUAUAAUUAUCUUCAUGAGUUCCGGGAUAAAUUAGCUACGUAUCUAUCAUCGAGAGAUUCACUAUCAAGAUCUGUCUCAAGAUAAUGAGGAUGUCAAAUACAUGACUACAUGUGAAGUUUCCAA